GGUGCCCCGCCCCCGCCCCUCUAAGAGUCCAUAUAGGACCGAGCGGCCCCUCUCCCCUCUCCCCACGGCCUGGCCAUGACCCUGCGGAGGCUGCGGCGACUCCGGCCCGGACAGCCCGAGCGGGAGGUGACGGCGGCGGCCGCCUUGAGUGCGGAGGGGUCGGGCGUGCUCGGGGAGCGGGCGUCGGAGCUGGAGCGGGCGCUGGCGGCCUCGGGGGGCACCUUGCCCCGCGCCAAGAGGGGCUCCGGAUUCAAAUGGCAGUCUCUCAGUCAGUCACCUGAGCAGCACAGGAAAGUGAUCACACUGGAGAAGGAAGAAGCUCAGACCUUUGGUUUUGAGAUUCAGACCUAUGGGCUGCACCACCAAGACACCAAAAGUGUGGAGAUGUUCACCUUUGUUUGUCGUGUGCAUGAUGGGAGUCCAGCCCAGGUGGCAGGACUUAAACCUGGAGACACAAUUACUGGCGUGAAUGGUCUCAACGUGGAAGGGAUCCGCCACCGUGAGAUUGUGGAAAUCAUCAAGGCAUCUGGGAAUGUGCUUAGGUUGGAGACCUUGUAUGGCACAUCAAUUCGGAGAGCAGAGCUUGAAGCCCGUCUGCAGUACCUCAAGCAAACACUGUAUGAGAAAUGGGGAGAGUAUCGGUCCCUGAUGGUUCAGGAGCAGCGCCUGGUCCAUGGGAUCGUGGUGAAAGACCCCAGCAUCUACGACACCUUGGAGUCGGUGCGUUCCUGCCUGUAUGGUGCUGGGUUGGCUAAAGGGUCCUUACCCUUUGGGAUGUUCUUGCCAAGUUCAAGCAGCGCUUUCAGCAGUGUGGGCUGCGUCAGCACAGCCACAGAGGAGAGUGAGGAUUCAGUGUAUCAGACUUGCUUUUUUGACUCAGCUGACUCCUUGGACACUCUCCCUGCAGUCCCCCAGUUCACACGGCCCCGGCCAGCUUUAACCCGCAGUGCCAGCGUCAAAUGUGCCAGCAGCAAUGGAGCUGCCCGCUUCUGGGACAAGUCAUGUGACCAAAAGAACUCAAUGGCGACGCCACGGCCCAGGAAGAGCAAACCUGGAAGCUUCCGCAAAAGACUACUCAAGUUUAUCCCUGGAUUGAACCGUUCUCUGGAAGAGGAAGAGAGCCAGUUGUAAAGGGAUCCAUGCAAUUAGUGAGUCUAGGUCAGAGAGGUGCCAGCCUACCUCUAAUUUUUUUUUAAAGAAGUGGACUAUUUAUUUAUUUAUUUAUUUUUGACCAGCAAGAAGGCUUGAGCCCCUUUAGGGGUGCCUCAAAGGGCUCUAAAUUAUCAAGCUUCCAAGAAGACUAGAAGGCCCAGUGAACUUAGCUGUGCUUUCUGGGACAUUGACAUUGGAGUUGCUUAGGGCUGUUUAACUUCAUGAGGAAACAAGCUGGUGGAAGUAGGCGCUGGUGAGAAUUUGGGAGCAAACCUGCAAGCCAGAGCCCUCAAAGUAUUGGAGGGGCACAGAGGGAAUCUCAAAAUAUAACAAAUUGUAAGGCCAAAGAAGCACAAGUGAUCUGGAAUGCUGCAUUUCUGGGAGGAAUGUUUUGAAGGAACUGCCAUUUCAGGAACAGAAUAUAGAUAUAUCUGGUAAUGCAACUGAGUUGUUGCUUUUUAAAAGGGUUAGGUGACUUCUGGAAAGAGGGAGACGGAUCUGAGCUCCUUAACAAACAGGGAUUUUUUUUGUUUUUAGUAGAACUUUCUGGCAAUCUUCGAUGGACAUGGAAUGUUAGUUGUGGGCUCUGUUGUAGGACUGAAGGGGUGUUAGCAGAAAUUGAAUGUUGACCUAGGGCAUGAAGUAGGAUUAGGGUUAAGACUGGCAGCCUGUAUAUGGGGCAGUGGCCAGACCUGGGAUAAACAUUGCUUUUGGGGGAGGAAUCUGCAGGGUUGAUGCUAUACAUUGCAGCUAAGGGGCAUUACAAUUAUGAGAACUUCAGAACAUCUUGCAUCUGAAUAUUUCUAGUCCCGUGGUGGCAAACCUCUGGCACUCCAGAUGUUCAUGGACUACAAUUCCCAUCAGCCCCUGCCAGCAUGUAGUCCAUGAACAUCUGGAGUGCCAUAGGUUCGCCACCACUGUUCUAGUCAAUCCACCAAAGGUCAAGAACUGUAAAGAUAUCUGCUGUCACAAUUUGAACAAUGAGGUUCUUGUACAGCAGGGCUUGUGACUGCCAUAGCAACCAGCACUUUGUUAUUUAUAGUGAUGGUCUUCUAAUAUUGGAAGAACUUGAAGACGGUGGCGACAAUAAAGGGGAAUCUCCCUGUAUACAUCCUAUUUGCAAAAUGUGUGUGGUUUGGGCUUUUGUGCUUCUGGGCUGUCUGUAAUUAGCUCAAAAGAGUACUCUUUACCAGCCACACCCUGCCCGCCAUGUCACCUCCUGAGCCUGGAUUUGGGGGUGGGGUGCUUCAUUUCACAUUGGAAAAGUCCAAAUGCUCUGAAAAAAAAUUGUUUACUAUUUAUAGAGCUGCAGUUUUUUCCCCCCAAGAGCACAGCAGGGAAAGGAAAGCCCAUCUGUAUUGCACCUUCUGCCUGUUGCCCUGCAUGGUUUUGGAAGCCACAAAGAUGGAGAGCAAAAACAUUCAUAGAAGACACAUUAACUCGACAAAAUGCAAAUUGAAGGGGUUUAACUUAUUAGAGUACUUUGGAGGAUGGUGAGAAUAAUCAGAGCCUUUCUCCUGCUCUCUGAAACAAGUACUAGGAAAGAGAAACCAUGGGUAAGUUUAUAGCUUGGACAGCCUUUCUUCCAGGCAGUGUCUUGAAUGUUGUGAAUCAUCCACAAACAGCAGGAGAACCAUAGGCAGCUGGAAAGGUUAGAAUGACUAACCUGAUGGUUACUGACAAUGGUGUCUUGCUCAGUGAAGACCCUCUUAAAAUGAAUACAAAGGGGGAUUGGCUUGGACCAAGUCAUCUUGUCAGGGUAGAAUUACUCCUCUAAAAAGCUUUAGUUGUAAUCAUUCUGAAUCUCUCUGGCAGAAGGCAUCUGUGGGAGCAGCCAAAGCACGGGAUGGGGGUGGGGGGCUUUUUUGCAGUUGUAGCUGAAGCUUAUCUCAGGAAAUAGCUGCAGGAAAGCUGGGUGAUGUGGGGGGGGGGGAAGAGAUGAAGAGUGCAUAUUAAUAGAUGUCUCUCCAAAGGAAAUGCCACACUCCAAAGCAAAGCAAGGCCAAGUUCUGGGAAUGGGGGGAGAGUUAAGGGGUCGGUGUCCUCAAGUACAGCUUAUGUAUGGAUAAGCAUGUGACUGAGUAAAGGGGAGGGAAGGGCUGUUUUUUUGUACAGAUCCUGUCCACCGAUGGUUUCAGAUGUUGAUUUUGGACAGCUAUAGUAAACUUUUUUGCAUUCAA